ACUUCUUUGCCUAUGUUAUUUUUAUUUGGUGCCAAUGAAACUUUAAAGUAUUUUAGUUCUCCACCAACCUUCCGCCAAUUAGAAUAGUUUCUUUUCUCAAUGAAAAACUGGAGGGAGAUUGUGAGGAGGAUUAGCCCCUCUAUCUCCACAAGGUAGGGGUAAGGUCUGCGUACACACUACCCUCCACCGACCCCACUAUGUGGGAUUAUACUGAGUAUGUUGUUGUUAUUGUAUUGUGAGGAGGAUUCUUGCUCCAGGAGUUCCCCUCACUAAAGAAGGUGCUCACAUGGAUUACUUAGUAGUUAGAGUAUUUUGAUCGUCCAAUAUUAUGAGCUUCCUAGAAUAGAGCCCCUUGAUAUUGAAUUCUGGUGCAAUUCCCAGAGCAUCUAGCGAGAUCUCUUUCCAUAUCAAGAAUAUCCGCAGGCAGGGACGUCGCACCUGUUAUGGAGCCAAUCCAGUUGGACGUAUCUCAGAUUGCUGCUGUGACCAGUCGACCAAGUCAAUGUCCAAGCAUUUCGGAUGGUUCAGAGUCCCAGGUGUCUGAGCACAGCCCCUCCGAGAAUGCUGCAAGACGUUCUGCCAAUGAGGGGAGAAGACCCCUAUGGUCAUUUUUCAAUACUAUUAAUAGAUCUGAAUCAAAAGUGGUAGACAUUGAGAAUCAAGUCUUUCCAGAGUAUGUUGGACUUCCAAGGAAAGGAAUCUGGACUUUGGGGAGAGGAAGGAGAAAACCCCGACAGAAUUGUGAAUUCAGACCUGAAUUUUACUGGGAAACUUUGUCUGCAUGCAAGCAAUGGAACCACACAGUUAUCCUUGCCGGUACCUCAUGGUCGGCCCCAUGGAUGGAGAGAUGAACCUAGCAAUUAUAAUACUAUUCCUAAUAAUUUAGAGCAAAAAAGUUUUCAGAAGCAGCUUUUACUUGGACUUGAAAAUUCAAGAACAAGCAUUAUUUUCAAACAGGUAUUGCCUUUUCGGAUCUAUCUAAGUUAUUUAUUGCAUACCACUUGUUAGAAGAAACAUGUGUUCUUCAUUAAUCUUUUUUAUAGCUUAAGUCAAGCUUCUAUAUGUGGCAUCUCUAAGAAAUUUUCGUGAAAAUUUCUGUUGUGUUUCUGCGUAUGCAAACAUUCUAAGAUGUCCAUAUACAGCUUGCUCAUUUGUCUGUUGACUCUUCCUCGUUUGUUUAAGAGAAGGAAACUGCUUUGAUCACACAAUCAUUUGGUGCAAGUAAAUUUGUUUGCAUUAUAUUGAAGGUUGUUUUUCCUGCUCCACACCAAAAACAUAUGACUAAGUGUGAGAAUGAAAUGGUAUCCAAUCAUAUUCCCGUAACCGAGGGACGGAUUUAUGUGGAGGGAUGGUGGGGUACAUGCACCCAUGUUCCUCUCCCUAGGCUAUGUAUAAAGUACUAGUAAUUUUUUCAAUUAUGUGGGUAAAUAUAUAUGUGACCACCCAUGCUCAAGCGACUCGUGUGGUGCAGUGUGACCUAAGUUGCUCGGACCUAAGUUCCUCGGAUUCGGCAAAAUCUAAAUUUUAAGAUUUGGAGGUGCAGAUCCGGAUAUGGAUACGUGGUGCGGUGAUUCGGCUAAUAAAAAUAGAGCUAUAAAAAUAUUGUAUUUGCUAUAUUCCGUGAAAAACUUACAUGAAUAUUAUAGAAUUCAAUCUUUCAUUCUCCAAGAUGGACAUUAUUCUUUCAUUGUCCUAAAUCUGUUUUAUUUUUGAUUUUGGGAAAUCAAAAUCUCAAUUUUUCUCCCAAGUUUGUUGAUGGACUCCGGUCAAAGUGUCCGAAGUCAGUUGACCGAAUCCGGGAAGUAUCCCGUUGCCGCCCCCGUCUCGUAUUGGGACAGGGACGACACCAAAAUCGAAGAGUCCGCGCAACUUAGGUGGUGACUAAGUUCCCUUCUUGUCUCCUUUUUGUCCUCAAGGCCAGUGGUUAGAUCCCCAUACAAUUCUAUUUGAUUAAUUCCCUUUAUAAUUAAUUAAUAAAUAAAUUCUCAAUUCCGCAUGCCCUUUUCAAUGAACAACAAAUCCUUGCACACUUUUCUUCUUUCCAAUUAAUGAACAAACACGUUUUUUUUACUUUCUUAAAAUUCCCUUUUGCGUACGUCUUUUUUAUUUUUCUUCUCUUAAUCAUUCUUUUGAGUACAAAACUUUGAAAUCCCUAAAAACAGAGUACUCAUGACUCGUCUCUGAGGCUCUCUGUGGAUUCAAAUCAGCAAAAUCCCCUGCGCAAUAUUAAGCGCCGCUUUUAAAAACUUUUUUGAAUGAUCGUUUAGUUUGCUAUAUAUAACGUGAGAUAUUUAAAACUAUAAGUAAUGAUGCUAUUAUUGACCGUUUUCAAAGUGUAAAAACUCAUCGAGGACAAUUGUAAAGUGAAUGAUAUUUUUUUGCGAAUAUAAUAUUAAUAUAGUUUGCCCGUCAACUUGUCGUCAUCAUAAAAUUUUAUAUAAUGUAAAGAUAAUAGUGCACCCAUAGUAUUAAAAUCAUGAAUACGUGUCUGCUGUAACCUCUGAUACAAGCCAUGCACAUAUGAAACAAUCAUAGAACUUUUUUCUUCUUCCAACCCUAUUUAUAUGAUUUUUCCAUCUUUGAAUGUGCCAAGAUAUUCACUAUUCCUAUAAUAAUACUAUUCUAUACAACUUUCAAGAAUUCUAUCCAUCUAACAGUUCAUAUUUUAAACUUUGAUGCAUGUUCUCUUUCGAACUAACUUUUCAACCAUUAUUUUAAUGUUUUUGUUCCAAUACCAUAAUAUAAAGUGAAAUUAACAUCUUAAACUCCAUGUUCCAUCAAUGUCGUUAUAUAAAAUGUAUGGAAGGAAUAUCAUUAAUAAGAAGAAGCUGAGGCUUGGACGGUAGCAGCAGACAUUUGGAACAUGUUCCUGUCAAUUUUUGGGAUAGCCUGAGUCAUGCCUAGCUCCAUCAAAGAUGCAUAUGAAAGUUGGUGCUCUUGGAAAGUUGGAAAACCCAUCAAAAAGACAUGGUUAAUGGUACAUGCCUCAAUCUUUUGGUGUAUAUGGAAGGAACGAAACGAUAGGUGUUUUGAUGGGAUCUCAACUUCAAAUCAUGCUCUUAAAGCUAAAUGUUUAGUGGAUUUAUUUAGCUGGCUUAACCAAUCUCCUGUAUCUAGCUGUGAACAACUUUUGGAAGGUAUAUGCUCUCUAGUUAUAGAUUAAUCUUUGUAUUGAGCAGUCACCUUUUUCCUUCUUGUAAAUUUUUGUCUGCAUCUUCUUGCUGCCUUUAAUGAAAACUUAUUACUUCAUCAAAAAAAAAAAGCUGAGGCUUGGACAAAAGAGUGAAAUCCUUCAUAUUGCGUGCAACGCUGGCUGGAUUUCUUCCUAACCUGAGCUUCUUAC